CCUUCCAGACUCACCAUGCCCCUCUCCGGCGAUGAGCCCAUCUGCCCCAAGUUCCAGCCCAACAUCUUUGACCCCUCCCGCUGCCACGACUGCCUGCGCCAGAGGCACCUGCAUGCUGGCGCAGGGGCAAGCGCCGAGGCAGCACCACAGCAGAAAUCCACAGCAGAGACUGGAAUUGGGACUAAAACUGGGACUGACACUGGGAUUGGAUCCGGCAAAGGAGGGCUGCUAACACCGAUCCCAUCCCAGGCAGAGGAAAGAGAUACCAGCAGCAAGGAGGAUUCUGACGGUCUGUCUGUGGUGAGCAGCUACUGUGAUGUCAAUGGAGGCCGACUUGGUUAUCAGGAGAGCUCUUUGUGCAUCCUAAGCCCGGACUGUGAGCUUUACAUCUGUGACGGCGACGACGACGACAGCACUGACAGCUGUCGUGACCAGAGUGACUACCAAGAGUUCAGCGGCUCUGUCAGUGCAGAGGACGAAUACCUGCCAAUCCGUCGGCGUUCAACCACACUCGACAUGACCCGGCUUGACCCUCCACCCCAUCGGCCCAACCCUCGGGCCUGGAUGGAGGAAGCUCGGAGCAGAGACAGCUUCAGCAGUCGAUCGGGGUUAAAAGAAGACAGAGAGAAGCGUGAAAGUGGCUACUUCUCCCUGGGGAGGGCAGCGGGUGCCCGUCUACUCCAUGAUAACAGCCCGCCGGCUCCUUACCGCCAUUUUGAGAGAGGACGUCCCAUCUUCAACAGUAGAAACAUUGAGCCCAAAGACACCGUCCCCUUCAGAAAUCCUAACCUUGGUGUGGCCUCUGAACGGCAGAUACUGGAGGCUCUAAAUGAGGACCUGCCAGUGGAAGUCCUGCCUCCUGACCCUUAUGAAAUUGCCGUUGAGGUUGAAGCGCAAGUUGGCCCCCGCUCUCCGAGUCCUACUCCUUUUAAGAUAGCGGAGUCGCUAGCCUCCACUCGGCGAAAAGGUUUCAGCAGUUCAUAUGGCCGGGGAAACCCUUCUUCUCCGGUCUCUUCCUAUCAACAGUCAGGACGUUUUGAUUCCUCAAGGCAAGGUUCAGCUCUGCAAUCUCGCUCUUCUUCUCCCUCACGUGGAAACUUACCAUUCAGACGCAGUGAGUCCACUGCUUCCCUCAGCAGGCCUACUGUUGAUGGAGGAGGGUGGUCUCGAGGGACAGAGCCAGGGUCCAGAAACUCCUCGCAAAGCACUCACGGACGACGUGUUGAGUCAGGAACUCUGCCAAGAAACUUUAAAUCCUUUGCUGUUUCAGGAAAAUCUCAGUCCAGCACUGUGUCUGAUUUUAGGAGUGCCUUGAGAAAAACAGAAGUAAGUGGGUCUUUGAGUGGUCGGGGUCGUGACAGCAGAGGCUCAUCUCCCUCAAGGAGGGACAACAACCCUUCAGGCCAAAUGUCUCUUCGCAAAACUGAAAUCACCAGCAGUUCAUAUACUGGACGUGGAAACGACAGUCGUACUUCGUCUCCAUCUAGGAGAACUUCGAGCCUGCGGGACAGUCCCAGUUCCUCACCGCCAAGGAGAAAUUACAGCUCGUCUAGCCAAUCUAUCCUCCGUAAAUCUGAAUCAAUAAUGUCUCUAAGCGGACGUAGUCACCAUGGACGCUGUGGCUCCCCCAUAAGAGAAGGCUAUGAUAUUGAAAGCCAGGCUCUGCUACGUAACCCAACAGCUAGGAAUGAACUGAAUGAUCAAGAACACGAAAGCCCCACCGUGUCUCCAUCCAGACGAAGUUAUGACACAAGCCAAGCCGUACUACGUAAGACUGAAUCAAACACUGUCAGUGGCAGUCGAGGCCGUGACAGCCGUAGUUCCUCUCCUGGAAGGAGAGGCCAUGAAACCCCAACUCAUUAUCAGCUUAGGAAAACAGAUACCAGUGGUUCAUUACAUGGCCGUAGUCGUGAAAGUCGUAACUCCUCCCCUGCAAGGAGAAGCUAUGAAGCUCCAUCUCAGUCUCUGCUGCGCAAGUCUGAAGUAAGCAGUUCAGUCAGAAGUCAUAAUAGCCACAGUACGUUGCCUUCAAGGAAAAGCUAUGAUGCUCCUGACCAGCGCUCACUGCGGAAAACAGAAACUAGCAGUUCCUUUACCAGCAAGAAUCACAACAGCCGCAACUCCUCUCCCGCUAGAAAAGGCAACAGUGACCCUCCAGGCUACUCAAUCCUCAGAAAUGCCACUAAUGGAGAUUCCAGCCAUUCCCUUCAGAGAAAAAACACUAACCAUGACUCAAAAACUGACUCCAAUCGCUCACCAUUCUCCUGGCGGGAACCGACUCAUUCCCACCGCAGCUCCUCGUUAUCACGUGCUGCCUCCCCCUCUAGACAGACCACAAAUGGCAGAAGAACGGCUUUCGUCACCUUGGAAACACCCAGGAGCCCAGGCAGCAUCAGAUCUGGGGUUGGUAGACGUGGCCAUGAGGAGCGCUGCCAAUCCCCUAAUGACAAGAGGCCCUCCCACCGUGUACGGAGCCCUUCUCCUUCACCUCAGAUUCAAAUGCGAAAACACACCUCCUCCCAGAGCUCCAUGGAGUCCUCAGAGUCGGGCCAACCAUCACUGGGGUCCACAGGACGGAACAGGGAGGAGUAUGCCAUGAUAGCCGACGUGCCGAAGGUUAAAAUGAUCCAUCAGAGAGAGGGGCCAGGCCAAAUGGGGCGGCCUCAGAACCAGCAGCCAUCUCGGAGACAGGAACUUUUUAAACCAGCCAGCCACUCCCUGACCAAGCAUCCCUCCAGAGAGUGGGAAGAUGCAGGGGACACCGAGAGAGACUGGCACUAUGGCGGCAGCGGGUAUCUAUCUCGAGCUCACUCCUCCACCUCAUUACAGAGGUCUGGCAGUCCCACGGCAGAUGAAGGCAGUUCUUGGAAAGGUAGCCACAACAGAUCAGAACAAAUGCAGCCUGACCUCCUGAACUUCAAGAAGGGAUGGAUGUCCAAACUGGACGCCAGUGGAGAGUGGAAGAAGCAUUGGUUUGUUUUGACUGAUGCUGGACUGAAGUACUACAGGGACUCAAGUGCAGAGGAGAAAGAUGACUUGGACGGGGAGAUUGACCUAAAAUCCUGUGUGAAGGUGUCCGAGUUCGAUGUGGAGAAGAACUAUGGGUUUCAGAUACAGACACGGGAGGCCGCGUUCACACUGUCCGCCAUGACGGCUGGAAUCAGGCGGAACUGGAUAGAGGUUUUGAAGAAGAGUGUCCGGCCCAGCAGCUCUCCAGACCUCACGCAAUUACCUGACAGCAACAGUGACAAGGAAAACUCCCAUUCUCGCUUCCUGCUGUCUUCCCGUCGCCCAUCAUCACGCCAUGCCGACGUUCAGUCAGAUGUUCCAACCUCUGCCCCUCCUACCCAGCGUAGGUUUGACUAUGUUGAGCUGUCUCCUGUUCCCGCAUCGUCCAACCCUCUCCCGGCCAGUGAGAGACAAGAGGGAGAAGGCCAGGGGAAGGAGCACAGCCAAUGGCAGGAAGAGAGGAACACGAGUAGCCAGUGGGAGGCUGUGCUGUCCAGGAAGGGCACCGGCGUGGGGUCGAACCAGCGGCUACGUACGGAGGAUGAAAUAGAGAAAAAGUGGGCCGAGUUUGAACGCAUGCCGUUAAAGGAGAUGAGCUCCUUGCCGCCAGUGGGAUCACGGUCUUCCAGCCAGUCAGCCAAUGAGGCGCUGCAGAGGGAGGUGGCGUCACUGAGGCAGCAGCUGGAGCAACUACAAGGAGGCAGAGGAGGGGUAGGGGGAGGGAGGGACGGAAGAGGUGUGAGGGGUGGCUGUGGCCCCGAGGCCCUCUGCGGCCGCAGCCUGGCAGCCAUGGAGCGUGCUCAUCGGCAGGCGCUUGAGGAGCUGCAGAGGCAGCACAACCGCCAGAUCAAGGAGCUGGAGACCGACAGGGACAGGCUGCUGCUGGAGGAGGCCCAGGACACAGCACGAGUAAUGGAGGCUUUGAAGAAGAAACACAAAGAGGAGCUGGAGAGAGAGGUGGAGAAAGUCAAGAGGCUAAGCAGUGGGGAUUCACAGACUUUACGAGUCCAACAACAGGCAGAAAGUCAGGCCUUUCAGAGGGAGCUGGCCGGACUGUCUGAGCGCUACUCUCAGAAGUGUCUGGAGCUAAACCGAGCUGAGCAGAACAACGCUGAGAGAGAGAGGGAGAUCGGCCGCAAGGAGAGAGAUAUGGAGCAGCUGAGGAAAGAGAACCAGGACUUAAGGGCCCGUUUGAAGGAGGAGAUCAGUCGCAUGCGAUCUACCACCGCAGAUCACGGCUCAGAGGACAACAAAGACGGGACGCCUUGCGAACUAGAGGUUCUUCUCAGGGUGAAAGAAAAUGAGAUAGAGUACUUACACAAGGAGAUCAGCUGUCUAAGGAACGAACUGCAGUUUCUUAACACGGAGAAACGGCUGGCCUGUGAACGAUAUACAGAGAUGCGCGAGGAGCUGAGUGGGAUGAAGGGCCGGAGUGAGCGAGAGAUCCAGAGUCUAAAGGAGCACCUGAGGCUGGCCAUGGCUGCUCUGCAGGAGGGGCAAAAGCUGGGUAACAGCCUGGACCACUGAGAUCCUGCUGCUGGUGCCACUGCGCUCUGGCAGACACAGAGACAGGUGCGUGUGCACCAUGGUGACUGAAUCAAAGAGGUAUACAGAAAAGCAGAGGAGAUGAUUGUUGGACUACAGUUCCGGCUGUGUGGGGACCAUGAUAGUGCCUUAGUUUUCAAUCAUUCUGCCAAUGAGCAGUAUAGAGUAGCUAUUAGCUGGUUUCAUUACACUGGGCCACAUGUGAUAUAUAAAACUGCACUUUUCUUUUUUUUUUAUUAUAGCUUUCGCUUGCUUUUAGUGCAAGCAUGUAUGAGUGCGCAUUUGGUCUGAAAACUGGAAUAUUUGUUGAGUGACAUGUUUUUUUUUUUAAAUCAGGUAAUGUAGAGGUCAUAGAGUGAAGAGUUCAUACUGUAUCAGCUUUUCUUGUUGGAUAAUCUUCUCAUUGCCUCUGUGUCUUCUUGCGUGAGACAGCAGGGGUCAACACAGUUACAUAAGAGCUACUGUCAUCUCCGUUUUCUAUGUUGUACAGCUUUUGAGUCGUGUUUACUUUGUGAAAAUGGCACACGUUUCUUUAGAAAUGGGAGCUUAUCAUUUGCUGUAAUUAUUGUUUUUUUUACCUGGAAACAAGUGAGCUUAUGUAGUGUUGUGUUUGUGAAUAUGAAAUUCAGAAAUAUAUUGGGAUUAAUACAGGACAAGACAGCAAACGUUUCUUAUUCCUGGCAGGCUGAAUUGGAAGUUGAUCUAUGACUAUAUGGUAGCAAAUUCAGGCUCAACUUUCUUUGGGGAUGCUUGUAAAAGCUGUUGAAUGAAUGUUAUCCCACAUCACACAUGUUAUCAUUUUUAAACGUGAGAAGCAGGAACUCUCAAGCUUCCAGUCUCCCCUGAUCAUUGGCAUUAACGUGCCGCCACCACCACAACAAAUGACAGGUGUUGCAUCGAUGAGCCAAUUUUUUUUUAUUGAAAGUAUGAAUUGUGAUAUCUACCUGCCUUUUGAAAAUAUUUUCAUAUUUAAUGUACUGUAGAGCCUGUAUCAUCUUUGUAAAUUAUACACAAUUUUUGCAAUCAAUAAAAUAAGUUCAACAGAAA